AUGCCUUUAAACAUCAGAGCUAAGCCCUCGCAGAGCAAGCUGUCUGCUGGUCCAAAGAGUACUGGGCACACUGAUGGCGGCACAUCUCAUUCACGCUUUUCCAGAUCCCCCAAACAGGGGAAAGGCAAACAGGCUGCAAGCUCAGCACCAGGGGGCAAGACCUUGUCUAUGGAAAACAUCCAGUCUUUGAGUGCUGCCUAUGCCACUUCAAGCACCAUGUACCCCAGUGAGCGGGAUUCCUUGGAACCCUCCGGGGGGUACCCCAAGGGCACCAUGACGCUGGGCAGGAGCACGAGCCGCUCCUCCUACACUGGCCGGACAACAGCCACGGGCAGCAGCCCAAACAUCACCUCCUAUGGGCUGCAUCACCCGUCAGACCACUAUGGAGAUCAAACUUUGCAUCCCGCAGGGACUUCCAGUCUACGGCGCCAGUCUGGGAGACAUCCACAGGCACUAGAUCCGGCUGGACGAGGAGAGGUUUCCACCGGUGAUCUCCAGGCUCAGCUCAGAGAUCUGCAGAGGGAGAAUGACAACCUGAGGAGAGAACUGGAUGGAGGGAGGGAUGGAAGGACGGGCCCCAGCACUAAUAAUGUCAACUUCUGGACCCCAGAUGUGAAAAGAGACAAGGGGGUUAGGCGUGAGGAGGGGGUGAGGUCCUCGGUUCUGAAGGACCAGUACAGGACGAACCAAGAGGAUUUGCAGCAGCUUCCAUUGACAGUUCAGGAGCUUCAGGAGGAGCUGAGGGCUCACAGGGAGAUGAACAGUCGCAUGCAGCAACAGCGACAGCAGGUGCCCGGUUGUGACGGCUUCUCCUCAUCUCCUCCUCUCGAUCCGUCAGAGGAGAAUUUCUUCCGGCUGCAGUCAGAGCACGACCGUCAGGCCAAGGAGCUGUUCCUGCUGAGGAAGACCAUGGAGGAGAUGGAGAUGAGAAUCGACUCUCAGAAGCAGACCCUGGGCGCCCGGGACGAGAGCAUCCAGAGGCUGCUGGAGAUGCUUCAGGGCCAAGGUCAAGGUCAAGGUCAGGGACACUGGGGUCGAGGGCAGCGGACAGGCAUCGUUACCAUGGCGGCGCAGGAGGCUGAAGCGCAGCUGGAGAACAUGCAUGUGAGAGAGGAGCUUCAUCGCCGGAACCAGCUCCAGGCUGAUCCGGCCAAGACCAGGGCUCUGCAGACGGUCAUCGAUAUGAAGGACACCAAGAUCUCUUCCCUGGAGAGGAACAUCAGAGACUUAGAGGAUGAGGUCCAGAUGUUAAAGACCAGCGGCCUGCUGCACCCUGACGACAGGCAGGACGAGCUCAAGCAGGUGGAGGUCUACAAGAGCCAUUCUAAAUUCAUGAAGACAAAGAUCGAGCAGCUGAAGCAGGAGCUGAACAGGAAGGAGUCAGAGAUGCAGGCCCUGCAGACCAAGCUGGAAACGCUGACCAAUCAGAACUCAGACUGCAAGCAACACAUCGAGGUGCUGAAGGAGUCGCUCAGCGCCAAGGAGCAGCGUGCCAACACGCUGCAGACAGAGGUAGAUGCUCUGCGUGUGCGACUGGAGGAGAAGGAGCAGUUCCUGACGAAGAAGACCAAGCAGCUGCAGGAUCUAACAGAUGAGAAGAGCACGCUAACAGGAGAGAUCAGAGACAUGAAGGACAUGCUGGACGUCAAGGAGAGGAAGGUUAACGUCCUGCAGAAGAAGAUUGAGAACCUGCUGGAGCAGUUAAAGGAUAAGGACAAACAGCUGGCUGGGUUGAGGGAAAGGGUCCAGGGACUUCAAACUGACUCCAGCAACACGGACACAGCCCUGGCCACACUGGAGGAAGCCCUAUCAGAAAAGGAGCGAGUGAUUGAGAAUCUGCGCGAGCAGAGGGAGCGGGAGGACAGGGUUCGACUGGAGGAGCUGGAGCAGGUGAGGAAGGAGAACCAGGAAUUAAAGGACAAACUUUCAGCCCUGCAGCCCCAGAAGCUGUCCCAGAGUCAGCCUGCUAACCCCAGCCCAACCCAGAACCAGAGGCCUGAUGGAGAGGUGCCAGGCAGAGUGCCAGCAGGAAGCCCCACGACACAAAACACAGAAGAGGCAGCCCGAAAGUGUCCGGACAUCACAGACCGUCUGAGGCUUCUGGAGCAGGAAGUGGCCCGCAACAGAGAGGAAUCUGGGAAGUCACAAGCCGAGGUGGAGAGGCUAAUGGCGGCUCUGAGGGAUGCUGAGAUUGAAAAAUCGUGCAAGGAGAAGAAAAUUGCCGAUCUUGAGAGGCAAAUCAAGUCUCCAAACAUCCAGAAGCAGACGGUGCCGGGCGAGAUGAGGAAGGAUGCCCUGACUGAUGGACAUCCGCACUCUUUAUCGCAGCUUCCUCUUUCAGCUUCCCAGGAUGCCAUGCGGGAGACGGCGGAGCGGAUCAGGGAGCUGGAGAGGGCACUGAGGGAGAGCAUGAACACCUCCGCACAUAGGGAAGCUCUCUGGGCUCAAGAAGAGGGUGCUCGUGUUCAGGCCCAGAGACAGUUGGAGGAGCUGAUGGGGGCUUUGGAGAAGACCCGGCAGGAGCUGGACGCCACCAAGAUGCAUCUGUCCUCCACUCAGCAGUCCCUGCAUGAGAGAGACAGACACCUUAAUAGUCUUCGCCAGGAGAGACGCAAACAGCUGGAGGAGAUUCUGGAGAUGAAGCAGCAGGCUUUGCUGGCAGCCAUCAGUGAGAAGGAUGCUAACAUCGCCCUGCUGGAGUUAUCCUCCUCCAAACGAAAAAAAGCCCAGGAGGAAGUGAUGGCUCUGAAGAGGGAGAAAGACAGGCUCAUGCACCAGCUCAAACAACAGACUCAGAGCAGAAUGAAGCUGAUAGCGGAUAACUACGAGGAAGAUCACAUCCAUCCCCAGCAUCAUCCCCACCAUUCUCACCACUUGCAUCCAGCAAACGUGCAUCACCGAAGCCUGCCAAGAGGACCCCCCCACGCCAACCACCGACCCCCUAUGGAUCAAGAUGAUGAAGAGGGAAUAUGGGCAUGAUGGCGAUCACCAUGGUAACCCUGCAUCCAUUUGUCCACACUGCUUGUAGAGCCAGGUACCAAGAGGUUCAAGAGCUUCAACUGCAAGCAUGCACACUCUGGCCUGGACCAUCCCACCAUCACGACCAACAGACGUUCACAUAACCAUGUUCUCGAAGUCAGAAAGUCCCCACCUUACCGAUGAAUGUCACCCUCACUGACAAAUGCAGUGGCCCACCGAGGACCGAAGGCCAUCGUGGGUGAAUGUCCCUCACCAGAGCGUCAGUGUGCAGCUUCAAGGUACUGGCAAGCAGUCCACUGCCUUCAUUUCUCUAGCUGUUUUCAAUUGACUGGGAGCUGGAUUCGUUUUACAGUACUGCGGUGCUACAGAGUUCUGGCUUCACAUCAACCGACAAUCACUCCACCACUGUCGACUACCAGUGUGGCUAAGCUGAGCCAGUGGAACUAGCAGUAAACCCAUGCCAAUCCCGGACUGGUUUAUGAUGGCAUGAAUGUGUUUACAUCUGCAGCUAAAUAGCAAACUUCUGUAAAUAUCACAACAUGGACCUCAAGAUCCACAAUCCACAGAGACCUUCUUAAUGUACUGUGCCAAAGGAGACAACCCUGUCUGCUGUAACAAAUUACUGACGUGGGACUACCCACUAAAACCGCCCUAGUUCCGCAUUUGUUUGACUAACUCUCCCGCCCUGUGGGGAGAUCAGCAAGGAAAGGCUAAUUCAGGCUUAAAGAUGCCCCACAAAAACAGGUUGAGGAUCGGCUCACGCCUCCUCAAAAAAUCGGGACCUUUAUUAACCGGGAAGGAAACAUCGCUGACCUCAAAUCAGCCAGCUUACUGUUAAGAACAAUCUGUUUAUACGUUUCUCCUCGUGUUCUUUUAGCCUGCUGUGCGUUUGUUUAAUGGACCGACAUCAUGUUCUGUUUGCUUUUCUACAUCCAAAACCGUUUUGAGUGCCACUCUUCUUCUUUUUCUUCUUUUUUUUUGGGAAGUUUUAACAGCUGUGUGUGACUUAUGCUGAUGAGCGACGUAUUGUUUUGGUGUCUAUUUAAUGAUCCUGUGAAUCUGAGUGGCUAAUCUGUUUAUAAUGAAGUGACUUGCAUUUUAAAACACUGUGUCAUUACUUUUUCACUGUACCGGAGGUUGACCUGACGAUAACGUACAGUAUUGUGUUUCGACUCAAUAGUGUAACACUGUUUCCAUCUGGCCCUUACCUAAUAUGUACAGUUUUUGUACAGCAUGUGUGUGUGUGUGUGUGUGUGUGUGUGUGUGUG